AUGGCCAGCCAGGAUGCAUCGAUGCCCUCGCCCUCGUCGCAUAGAUUGCCCACCGUCUCUGCCUCCCAAGCGCUCCACAGCCUCCAUGCCCGCGGGGCUCGCACGGUAUCGACAGGCAUCGCACAUCUCGACAAGCUGCUCGCCCCUCCAAGCCUGCCCGGCCACGAUGUUGCAGGCGGAUACAUGCGAGGGAAGGUAACCGAGAUCUUCGGGCCGUCCGGCGCCGGGAAGACUAGCUUUGGGAUUCAGGCAGCGGCGAAUGCCAUCCGACAAGGCCAACAAGUCGUGUGGAUAGACGGUGCAUGUGCGCCGCUCGUAACUCGACGCCUUCUCCAAGUCUUCGCUGCAUCCCAAGAUGCACCCCUCACAGACAGCAGCACGGAUGCGCCUUCCCCGCAAAGAGAAGCGGCUCGAGAUGAAGUCUGCAGCCACUUGCACCAUGUCGCUGCGCCAACGCUUGCUCACCUCCUGGCGCUAUUCAUGCAUUCACCCGCAUCCUUUCCUCCUCAGAGUACGAGUCUCGUCAUCAUCGACUCACUUUCCACCCUUGUCGACAAUGCCUAUCCUCGAAACGUAGAAGGAAAGAACAAGAACGAACAGACGCGUUGGGCUGCAGGGCGCAGAUUCACUGUGAUUAACGACAUCGUCUCAACCUUGUCGAGAUUCGCUGCUCUGCACAAUGUUGCGUUGCUCCUCACAUGUCAAACGAUAACUCGUAUUCGCGGCGCCUCGAGAGCACUACUGGUCCCGGCAAUAUCGGGGGUCGAAUGGGAGAAUGGCGUGUCCACUCGUCUGGUUCUGUUCCGCGACUGGGUGCGCCAAGGAAAAUCGAAGGACACAGCAGGCGCGGAUAGAUUGCGCAAAGCCCGGUUUGCAGGUCUUGUCAAAGUUAAUGGCACCACUCUAGCUGACGAGGGCGGUGUCGGGAGCGUAGUGCCCUAUGCAAUCGGAGACUCGGGACUUCGCGACAUAAGCAUAGCUGCGGACGAUAUUACAGCGCACAUCGUUCUUCCGGUGCAGGCGAGAAGACCGCUUAAAAGGCCAUUUGCCGAGUUGGAAGAGGAGGACGCAGGGGACGAACCGAACUCUGACGAGCUGUACGGCUGGGUAGAGGAGGACGAUGAAGUCGCUGCUGAGGGGUUGUUGAUAGAUGAAGCAGCUGCACCUCAUCCUGGCGACGCUGCAGAAUCUCGGUCAGAGCGUAGCACCAAGAUGACGCGCCCCUCAACAAUUUGA